CUCCUUUCUCCCCGAAGCUGGCUUAUGACAAGGGGCGUGGGGUUCCCUCCUGCCCCUGCGCCUCCCGCGCCGGCACCGGGGUGCACGCCCCACCUCUCGGCCCAGCACCCGGAGGUGCCCGCGCUCCCGGAGCUGGGCGGGGCGCAGCACAUGUGACCGGGCGGGCAGCACCAGGGCCUCACCCCCCCCCCCCCCGACCGCUGCCCGCCAGGCCGAGGCAGUCAGGCGCUCCUGCCCUGCGCCCUGCGCCCCACACUGCCGCCCGAGUGUGCCGUGACCAGACGCCCAGCUUCCUUGGGAGCAGAGCCUGCAGGCGGGGGAAAGAGUCAGUGGGACCCUGCCCAGGAGCGGAGAUGGGGAAGAAGCUGGACCUCUCCAAGCUCACGGACGAAGAGGCCCAGCACGUCUGGGAAGUCGUCCAGCGGGACUUGGAGCUCAGGCGCAGGGAAGAGGAGAGGCUGGAGGAGCUGAAGGGCAGGAUCAAGAAGGGGAGCCCCCAGAGGGAGCUGGCGUCCGACGGGGCCCACCUGAGCGAGACCCGCUGUGCCCACUGCCUGCAGCCCUACCGGCUCCUCGCCGCCCCCAGGAGGCAAUGCCUGGACUGCCGCCUCUUCGCCUGCCCCGGCUGCAGCCACGCCCGCCCGGGCGGGGGCUGGCUCUGCCACCCCUGCCACCUGGCCAGGGUCCUGGAGCGCGGCUCCCUGGAGUGGUUCUACGGGCACGUGCGGGCCCGCUUCAAGCGGUUCGGGAGCGCCAAGGUGGUCCGGUCCCUGAGCGCGCGGCAGCGGCCGGGUGCAGGUCCGUCUGACCGCGUGCAGAGCUCGCCCAGCGCUCACGGUGGGCCCGAGCCAGGCCCCGGAGACGGAAGCGGGGACGGUGAGCAGAGGGACACGGACGGAGAGCUGGACCCAGCGGCCCAGGCCCCGCCCCUCAGCAGCAAACACCCACCCUGCAGCCCAGGGGCGAGGGGCGUCUGGCCCUGCCCCUCCCCUGACCCCGCCUCCCCUCCCGCCCAGCCCGCACCCUCCAGGGGGAAGCGCCUCCUCCCCAUUCACAGCCGGGACUUCGAGGCUGAGGCCGACUCCGACGACUCCGCUGGGCCGGGCAGCCGCCCCCCGAGCCCGUCCUCGGCCCCAGAGGCCCUGGACAGCCUGCAGGUCCCGUGGCCUCAGGCCCUCACCGGUGAGCCCCGCCCGGAGGAGGCCGGCGCUGGGGGCUCUGGAGACCACUCCCAUGCAGAAGCACAGACAGACCACCUCUGGCCUGCCAGACGGGGCAGCCCCGCUGAGCUCUGCCCUCCAGGAGCGUCCCGUGCGGCAGCCCUGGGGGCCGCUGCCUCUCCUGGGGCGAGAGUCGCCGGGAGUGGGCAGCCACCCGCCCCGCACCCGGCAGAUGAGGACCCCUCUGACGAUGAAGAGAGUUCCCGGGCCCUCGGGGCCGCCUCCCGCCGUCCUGCCUCCGAGAGCCAGCGUCCAGGUGCCCGCGAGCCCACGGACGCCGACGCGGAGGAGGAGACCCUGAAGAGGAAGCUGGAGGAGCUGACCGGCAACGUCAGCGACCCCGGGGGCUCCUCCGGGGAGGAGGCCGAGCGCGAAGGGGCGGAGCCGGGCAGGAGCACCGCCUUGGAGCGCCCCCCCAGGACGACCCCGGAGGUGAGCACGUCUGUAGGCCAAGCGCACAGCUGGGAAGAGGGCCCGCCCCGCCCUCAGGACCCCACCCAGACCACCAGGACCCCGAACCAGGCGCUGUCGGAGCUGGAAGGCAGGGUGGCCCUGACCGCUUCCGAGGUUCAGCAGGCGGAGAGCGAGGUCUCGGACAUCGAGGCCAGGAUCGCAGCCCUGCGGGCCUCGGGGCUCACGGUGAGGCCCUGGGGGAAGGCCCGGCGGAGGUCCAAGCUCCCGGUGCUGCUCCCCCGACCAGCGAGGACCCCGGGCCCGAGCCCCGAGCACCCGCCUGCAGGCCCUGCGGACCAGGUCAAGGUCACGGCCGCGCCCCGCCUCCUGGGGAGGGGGCUCGGUAACUCCCCUGGGGGUCGAGGCGAGGACGGCCAGCCCUUCGAUCGGAAGUCGGCGUACCGCGGGUCCCUGACGCAGCGGAGCCCGGACGGCCGGAGGGGCGCCGCGCCCCGCAGCUUCGCGAAACCGGUGAUGAUCCACCAGCCCUGAGGGGCAGAGGGUCGCGGGACAGGACGGAGCCGCAGAACAGCCCGCCUCGCUCUCCGCCCCCGGAAACUC